UGUUGAUAAUGUAAAAUUCAAGAAACCCCUUCCACACACCAUCAAUGGAUGGUAAAGGGCAUUCCACCAUGGCCGCGCAACCCUUACCAACAGAAGGCGAUGAAACUAUCUACCAGGCAGCCUUAAGGUGCAAAGAUGCUUUGAAUAGUUGUCUUGAAUUUGACCAGUUAAUGCACCACGAGUGGGCAGAAAAUAGAAUCUUCGAUUUUAAUCUCUGGGCUGCUGGAAAUGGAGUCUUUGCCUUGAAUAAGGCGUCCUUAGACCAGAGACUGGCCGGAGAACAGACUACGUUAAACUUCGUUGUAAUGCUUUUGACGAUGCUUUAUCAUUGCAUUGAGAAAUGCAAAGUUUUUGCUAGUGGUAACUCUCAAAGUGAAAGUGGAGAUGGCGCUACGUUGCUGGCUGAUGAGUUUGCCCAUAAUAAGCAGCAAAGCCCCGAUGAAUUUCGAAAUAUUCCACGGCCCCUCACACCUUGUUCAGACCAGUCAUCUGAUUCCGAAGAUGAGGAGUCAGAUAAAAGAUCAAAUGGUAGUCUUUCGCCACUUUAUCUGGCAAAAGAAAGUGUUGUAGACUCUCUUGACAAUCUUCUUCGGCUUUGCGCAACGAUUCGCAAAGCUGGAGCAAAUUUUCGUUUCCAGAAAGCCGAUAAAUUAUACAACCCAUCCGAACUUUCAGAGUUCCGACAAUAUUUGGAAGCUAUUAUCCACGCACGAGGCUUCUACAAAGGCGGAUUCGAUCCUAAGGGACAAAUUCCUGGUGUUUCCCCCUCUCAAGAAAGGCUCAUCGAAGCAAAUUUGCGAAGACGAAGUCGCUUUUUAUAUUUUCAAAAACACUCUGAAAAGCUCGCCCCGAACCAUGAACGGUUACUAGGGACGGAUUCUUACCAAAAAAUUGGUAAAAUUGGUACGAAAACUCCUAACGUCGACACGUCUUGUAAAGCUCCUUUAGCUAUGGGAGGUACCACCUCAAAAGAAACUCCGUCUAAACCGGGCUCUAGAAUUGCACGAACGGAUACAACUGCAACCAUGCUAGAUACAGGUUUUAUUCCUGCGCCAUAUCAAAGCCCACCGUCUCAGGUGACCUCAGCCGUUUCGAAAAAAGUAGAAUAUCCAAAGCCUCCUCUUCGUAAGGAUGACCUGCGAUCUUUUAAAUGUCCAUGUUGCGGACAGACGUUACCAGCUACGACCUAUGAGAAAAAUAAUUGGAAAAGGCAUCUUAUUGACGACGUACAGCCGUAUACAUGCAUCGCCGAAGAAUGUCCCAUGCCUCAUAAAUUGUACACUCAUAAGGAAGAGUGGAUGGAUCAUCUUCGAGAAGACCACCCUAAGUGUUGGCACUGUCCUCUUUGCAGCACCCCACGCACGAAAGCAUUGAUAUUCCCUUCCGAAAAUGGGUUAUCGCAGCAUAUCAGGGAAGCGCAUACGGAUGCUGUCUCAAGUAGCUUAUUACCGACAUUAAUUACCGCGUCGGUAAGGCCAAAGCCAUUUGGUAUCACUCAUUGCCCACUGUGUGAUGAAAUUGGUGAGGUAGACUCACACCAUCUGUUGGAUCAUAUUUCCGAACAUAUCCAUCAAUUCUCUCUGGAGUCCUUACCAUGGCCCGAUGAUCCCUUAAGUGGGGAUUACUUUGAAGAAGGAAAAAACGUAUAUUUUGACAAUAUGUCUGAUGACUCGUUGAACGGGGAUGACAUCCCAAGACAUCUUGGUUCUGAUUUUGAAGGCUUGUCAUCCAUAUCAUCAGACAAGGAAGAUGCCCCAAGGGAACGAGUGCUAUUAGCUGAGGAGGUAGUAUUGGAGGUUAGGACACCAGACUUGACCUACGAUCAUGUUGAAGGCUUGAAUGAUACCAUACAACAUCUUGCAAAGAUACCCGAAGCUGAGCACAGUAACAUUUGCCAUGACCGCGGCGACAGUGCACACCUUGAGAAUUCCUUGGGUCCCUAUCCACCAGAUAUAAAUGAUUAUCCUACCCAGAGCACAGAUGAAUUGCUCGCAAAAAUUGGCACAGGUAUUGAUUCUCAGGAUCCCUAUCACGAGUUUUCCGACAUUCCCUGUGUGAAAGGUCAGGAUAAAACACUUGAAGAACAGCUGCGAAAUGCGACUCGGAGGUAUCCCAGAAACAACGGUCAAAAGUUCAUCCCAGUUGGCGACUUUGACAAGAUCAUUACUCGGGAGAACGUUCGAAGGGAAGUCCAGUCUUGGUUACCAAAAGAUAGAAGCCUUGAGGUCUGGGUUGAAGCAAUAUGGGAUAAGUUCGAUUACGAUGAACAUGCUGCCAGAAGACGGAAGGCAUUUACAUCUCGGAGGAAGAUUUUUGCCAUCCUAGUCCUCUUCAAAGCGCAAACGAAGAUAGCGUUAUUCAUUCGCGAAGAACUAUAUGACAAGGAUCUUCCUUUUGUGCAGAACGAAGAGAACAAAUGGGUGCAUUAUUCUCUCAAAAGUCAGAAUGAACAACGCCUUGUCGAAUGCCUGAACCAAUUGGAAGUGCACGAUGCAGAUAGCUUUGACAAUUAUCAAUGGCUCAUGCUAUCUCCAAUCUUCAACAUGGCUGAGGACAAAGUCAUACACUAUGAUCUACAUGCCCGUAUUACUCUGCCGUAUCUGGAGCAUGAGUUGGCGCAUGAUCCUGGGUUGAUUGGUGUAAAAGGUGAUGUAUCACGUAUCAGGAUACAUGAAUCACAUUACACAUUGGGUUCGUCGAUGAAAGACCCAUCUGAGUAUUUCGCCAUUAAACAACUAUCGUUUCCGGACAAAUCCCGAUUUGACGCUAAAGUCGAGUCCUUAAAGAGGUUCAGCUGCAGUAACCACCCGCACUUGAUAAAACUUCUUGCAACCUACCAAUAUAAGGAGAAACUCUAUCUCAUAUUCCCAUGGGCUGAUGGGAACCUUAGAGAUCUAUGGCGGAUGAACUCAAAACCUGUCCAAAACUAUUCAAUGUGCCGAUGGAUUGCAGAUCAGUGUCGAGGGAUAGCAAAGGGGUUAAGGAUGAUCCACAACAAUGAAUUCAAGCCUAACAUGACCUCGUUACAGCCGAAUGAGAAGAAAGUGGAGAGGCAUGGCGACAUGAAGCCUGAGAACAUACUUUGGUUCAGAGGACCUGGAGACAACGAACAAUUCGAAAGUAACAUGCUGAAAAUAUCUGAUUUCGGACUUACACGAUGGCAUGGAAACAUGUCGAAUGAUGAAACAGAUCUACACAAACUAGCCGUCUCUAGAAGUUAUCGAGCUCCUGAGUACGACUUGUGGAAACCAGUAUCUCAAUCAUGGGACAUCUGGUCCCUAGCAUGCGUAUACUUAGAAUUCAUAACCUGGUACCUUUGUGGGUGGAAUGAGGGCGUCGACGAAUUCUCGAAGGAUCGAACCAAGGAAAUCUCAACCUUGACCCGAGAAGGAAAUCGUGCUAUAAGCGAGGAUGAUUUCUUCAACCUUGUCGCGAAGCACGGGUCUACUGCCAACUCGAAUGGAAAAUACGAAGCAAGCCUGAAACGUAGCGUAAUCUCUGUAGGUUCCCUUUUCCAUGAUCGUCGCACAUGAGGAGCAUGCCCUAAUCAUCAUAGUGGAUUGACAAGCUGCAUGCGACUGAAGGAUGUUCACAAUUUAUACACGACUUUCUGGACCUCAUAUCAGACACGAUGCUCCGCAUUCGUUCCGAAAAACGUCAUAAAUGCGAGGAUAUUGUCAGGAAAUUAGACGCCUUGUGUAACAAGUGCGAGGACGAAGUGUAUUGCUCUAAGAGCAGCCCCUGUGUGCGCAAGAAAAAGAGAAACGACUCCGACCCUCCUCAACCUUAUGAUAUAGACACCAUACAAAUGGCGGACUGAUCUCUGGCCUUUUCCUCCUGGGGCUCGCUGGGCGUUUUGAAAUAUUAGAAGAAGGCGGACUCGAGGAUUUUCCUGGUGGAGAUCGGCUGGCUAGUGCUUACGCCAACUACUUAGAAUGAUGCUAGGUGAGGGCUAGGAAGUGGAGGAUGGAUAUUUCUUAUGUCAAGUUAUACUCUAGCUAUGUCUGUCUUCUCAGAGAGGUACUCUAGACAUCUAAUGCGCCACUGAUGCACACCGCUCUAUAUUCUUAGGUAGUUAUGCUAUAUCCUAUUGACGCAAAAGCGCCCAUUGUCACUAUAAUCAUCAUCAAAGGAAACA